AUGCUGAAACAACCGAAAGCAUGGGUCGACUUUAAUUUGUUGAAUGAGUGGAUUGGCCGAGAGUGCCAGACGCCUACGGCAAAACGGUAUUUACAGAUCGUUGGCAAAUUCACCUCUCAAACAAAGUCAAGGCUAGGUGCGGUUGAGUGUCGAGCUGAACGUCGAGUUUGCCGCCGUCAUCGUUCGAAAUUCGCCUGA